GUGUUUUGGGAGAAGUUGUGUGUUUCUAUGUAGUCAACAUACUAUAAGAAAAUGCUGUAAUUCAGUAUAGAAAGAGGACUGGGUCAGGAAAACGUGUUACAAGAAGGAAGCAUUGUGAUACAUUUUUGUAGUUAAUGCAUUUCAAUACUUAGCAAUAAUGAGUAAGAAGGACAAUGAAGCCAUGGAACGAAUUCGUUCGUAUAUGGAACAGCAAAACAGACCUUACAGUGUCAAUGAUAUAUUCAUGAACUUGCACAAGGACAUUGGCAAAACAGCUGUACAGAAGGCGCUUGAUCAGUUAGUUUCGGGUGGAAUGUUGCGAGAGAAAUCGUAUGGCAAGCAGAAGGUCUAUGUUUAUGAGCAAAGUCACUUCCCCUCAUUUGAUGAGAAUAAGUUGAAGGAAUUGGACAACGAAAUUGCUAAACUGAAUGAGUCCGUCAAAGAGAAAGAGAAGCUGAGCACUGAAGCGGAAGCAAAGCUUAGAGGUCUCAACUCCAGUCUAACAACUGAGGAAGCAAUGAAGAGAAUUGCUGAAUUGGAGGAGGAGAUUUCAACAUUGCAAAAUAAGCUCACUAACUUAAAUCAACAACCCAGGACCUUAGUUUCCAAAGAGGAAAAAGAGAAGAUUGAAGGUGAAAGUGACAACAUGAACAAGAUGUGGCGUAAGAGAAAGCGCAUGGCCAUGGACAUCUUGGAUGCCAUCUUAGAAGGGUAUCCAAAGCCAAAAAAGGUCUUGUUCGAAGAAAUCGGUGUUGAAACAGAUGAGGAAGUUGGAGUAGCGUUAAAGAAGGUCUAAUGUUUAGUUUCAUUAUUGUGUUUAUGUUGAUUAUUUGGAAAUUCCUUUAUUAUACAGUAUAUUUUUAUAUGGAAUAAAUGAAGAAUUUGAA